AUGCAUAAGCCAAAGGUAUCACAUCUAGCAGCGACAAAGAGGAUACUAAGGUAUUUGAAAGGAACUCUCGACUAUGGAAUUUUAAUUCCUGCAGCCAAUGAGGGAAAAGAAUGCAAAUUAGUGGGUUACACCGACUCAAGUUGUUGCAGUGAUGCUGAGGAUAAAAAAUCCACAACUGGUUAUGUGUUUAUGCUAGGUGGAGCACCUAUUGCUUGGAGUUUGAUAAAAGAACGGGUAGUGCCAUUAUCGUCAUGUGAAAUAGAGUUCAUAAUUUCCUCUCUUUGUGCAUGUAAAGCAACAUGGAUGGUGAAUCCGGUCGAAGAGAUUACAGGGAAAAAUCAUGGAGCAAUUAUGAAGAUCGACAACAUGUCAGCUAUCAAUCUGGAAAAGAAUCUGAUAGCACAUGGCAGAAGCAAACACAUCGAAAUGAGGUUCCGUUAUCUUUGA